CAUUUUUCUGCACCCAAAGAUCGGGAGAGCUCUACUUGAACAGAACAUGAUCUCAUGUUUUCUGUUAUAUUUGCUAUUAAAAAAGAUAUGCUUCCUAGAUGCUCAUUUGCAAGAUCCGAACCCAUGAAAGUAGUGACAUACCUUAUCUGAGGAAUGGAAGUUUGUUUUCUCGCCGACCCCGUGCAUAUACAUGCAAGCACUUGAUAAGCUCUUGGGUUUGGAGCCGUACAGCCAAACGGUCUCGGUUGUCUGCUGUCAUCAUACCCAAAUGUAUUGUGUGUAGCUGGGGUUCACCGCAUGCCAAAUAACCAAAGGUGCAAAUACCAAGGUAUAUAAAGACACCCAAGAAUCCUCAUGAAUAUCACUAAUUGUCGAUAUCAAAACUAUCCCCAAUGCUUCAACUCUUUACUCUUCUCUCUCUCGCUGCUGUUCUCGUGCAAGGCUUGGUUGUGCCCGAGCUCCAGGCCAGAGACAGCCCUGCUCCUUUGGCACUUGACUUUUCUAUCCAGAGCAGUGUUGGAAAUCUCACUGUCAGUGAGUGGAGAGACAAGUUCGCGCCUAAAAUGUCAAAGCGUGCGUACUCCGAGAAGAUUAGCAACGUCGACUACGCAUAUUUCUUGAAUGUGUACUUGGGCUCCAACAGGCAAAAGAGUAACGUGCUCCUUGACACCGGCUCAUCUGAUCUUUGGGUACCAACCAGUGACUACAAUUACAAGACUUCAAGCACUGCUAAGGAUACUGGUCACUCUUUCAGCAUUGAGUACGUCGAUGGGUCCUCUGCGAAAGGUGAGUACUACAAGGACACCUUGACCUUUGAUUCAGGCCUGCCUGAUGUCUCUCUGUUUGAGUUUGCGGCUGCGAGUACCGACAGUUUUGGUGUUUUUGGUAUCGCAGACAAAGAUCAGGAGUCUACUCGGUACACUUAUGACAACUUCCCAUGGGCUUUGCAAAAGGCAGGUAUCACGCCAAAGGCAUCUUAUUCUUUAUACUUAGGCGAGGACCACGGCACAGGUGUUGUAAUUUUUGGGGGAAUUGACACGGAAAAAUACGAGGGCUCCUUGACGAAAUACAGUAUUGACACCAGUGACUAUGCUUUGUCUUUGGACGUCAAGACUGUCAAGGUUGGUGGAAAACAGGUCACUGAGAAUGCACCUUAUGUUUUGGAUUCUGGAACCUCGUUGGCACUUGUCAGCAAAGAAUUGAUGAGCACCUUGAACGAUGUUUUCAACGUUGGUAGCAACGGGCUCGUCAGCUGUAAUCAGCCUAGUGACGAGUACCUCACUUUUGAUUUUGGAGAGAACUCUAUUAAAGUUCCGUACACCGAUGCCGUCUACUCGAACGGUGACGGCACAUGUCUGUUGGCCUUUUCGUACUACGAAGGCUACUUCAUUUUGGGGGAUAUUUUCUUGAGAAAUGCAUACGUGUACUAUGACCUCACUGAUCAGACUAUUUCUCUUUCUCAAGUGAAGUACUCGCUGGCAUCUAACAUUGUUGCUGCUUAGUACCCUCUGUUCAUUUGUGCAUACUCAGAAAAUGAGUAGUGCUAUAGGCUGGCCAUUAUUGCAGCGUUC